UGUAUUACCACUAAGUUUAUGUUUCAAACCACCUUAUAUUUCUUAAAAAAAUUAAAGUAUGACUGAAAUGCAAUACUAUAUCCAACUUCUUUUUGUUUUAGUAAUAUCCAUCAUUGCAAUUCAAACCCUACUUAUUAGAAAGAAGAACAGGAAACAUCUUACUCCACCAAGCCCUCUUGCUUUACCUAUCAUUGGACACUUACACCUUUUGUCUAAGUUACCAGCUCACCAAAAUUUUCACAAGCUUUCAAUGCAAUAUGGACCCAUAAUGAAAAUUUCCCUAGGUUCUAUCCCCUCAAUAGUAAUUUCCAGUCCAGAAAUGACAAAGGAGUUUCUUAAAACUCAUGAAACUUCCUUCUCUAAUCGCUUAAUAAAUGGUGUCGUUCGCUACUUAUCAUAUGGCGCAAACGAUUUUAUGUUUGCACCUUAUGGUGACUACUGGAAGUUCAUGAAAAAGAUAUGCAUGUCCGAGCUUCUUGGUGGAAGAACUCUUGAUCAAUUUCGUCCAUUGAGGCAACAAGAGACUUUGAGGCUUCUUAAUGUUUUGAAGAAGAAUGGGGAAACCGGUGAGGCGGUUGAUGUUGGUGCAGAGCUCUUGCGUCUAACAAAUAGAAUUAUGACAAGGACGACAAUAACUAAAACUUGUUGCGAAAAUGGUUUUGAUGUGGAAGACAUUAGGAAGUUGGUUAAAGAUUGUUCAGAACUUGGAGGGCAGUUUAAUUUGUCGGAUUUUAUUUGGUUUUUUAAGAAUUGGGAUUUGCAAGGAUUUAACAAAAGGCUAAAAGAGCUUAUGAACAUGUUCGACACAAUGAUUGAGAGUGUCAUAAGGGAGCAUCAAGAGGAAAUGAAGAAAAGAAAGGAAAAUGGCGAAGGUGCUCAUGUUAAGGAUUUGCUUGAUAUUUUGUUGGAAAUUCAUGAAGAUGAGAGCAGUGAAAUAAAAUUGACCAGAAAGAAUGUCAAGGCUUUCAUCUUUGACAUGUUUUUAUCAGGAACAGACACAUCUUCUACAACAAUCGAAUGGGCUCUAGCCGAGUUAAUAAACAAUCCACAUAUAAUGCAGAAAGCAAGACAAGAGAUUGAUUCACUAACAGGAAAGAGUAGAUUAAUACAAGAGUCCGAUCUUCCCAAUCUUCCGUAUUUACGAGCUAUACUCAAAGAAACACUAAGACUUCACCCUACAAUACCAACAAUGGUGAGAGAAUCAUCUGAGAGAUGUAAUGUUAGUGGUUUUGAUAUACCAGCUAAGACUAUUUUAUAUGUUAAUUUUUGGUCAAUGAAUAGGAACCCUAAACUAUGGGAAAAUCCACUUGAGUUUAAACCAGAGAGGUUUAUGAGUGAAGGGAAUAAGUUUGAUCUAAGGGGACAAAAUUUCCAAUUUAUACCAUUUGGAUUUGGAAGAAGAGCUUGUCCUGGUACCUCAUUCGCGCUUCAAGUUGUUCCAACAAAUCUUGCUGCUAUUAUUCAGUGUUUUGAAUUGAAGGUUGGUGGUAAUGGAACAGUUAGCAUGGAAGAGAAAGCUUCGACGACCCUUCCAAGGGCUCAUCCUUUGAUGUGUGUCCCUAUUCCUCGCUUUAAUUUCUUCUCUUUUGCCAAAUAGACCAUAUUUGCAUGUUUGGAUUUACGGUAAGUAUGAUGAAAUCAUGGUGUCAUUGUGAUUAUAUUGAAGCUCUAAAAUGUUACUUUUGUCAAAAUUAUGGUAGUCCACCAUGAUUUAACCAAACUUAUCAUGGAUCCAAACAUGCACUGUGGAUAUAUAAUGGUAUCAUAUAUGGCUUUGGAAGUAAUUAUCAUAUUGAUCUAUAUUACAGGAGGGUAAAGCACCAUUAACCCUUGAUUUAAUAAGUGUGCUCUUUUGAAGGUAAUCUUGCAAACGUACUAUAUAUUUGUUCUUAGGUUUCCUAAUAAAUCGAUAAAUGGUACUGACAUAUAUGUACCCUUGCCAUUGUUCCA